UUUUCAGAUAUUCGAAGAACGUUUGAACUGUUUGACAAAAAUGGCGACGGUUGUAUCGACGCCUGGGAAAUCAAAGAUGUCGUCCAUAGCCUUGGUCAAUGUAUGUCAGAAGGAGAUAUAGAUUUACUCGUCAAAAACGUCGAUAAGGACGGAAAUGGUACUGUAGAUUUUGAAGAAUUUCUCCACCACUUCGCCCCACGCUAUCGAACCAAAGAACAAGUCGAAGCAGAAAUGAUGGAGGCCUUCCGAGCUUUCGACAAGAACGGAGACGGAUAUAUCAGUGCCCACGAGUUGAGAGUUGCGUUAACGUCCGUUGGUGAAUGUUUAACGGACGCUCAAGUCGAUGAGGUCUUACGAGAUGCUGAUAAGGACGGAGAUGGUCAAAUUAGUUACGAAGGUAAGUCACUACGGCUUGUCUCUUUCGGAACGUCGGACGUUGCAACGAAACGAUUCCGUAUCCGACGCUCUGAAUUUAAAUAUGAUUUUGAGGUGGCGUGA